AUGAUUCCCAGCUGGAAGAUCUCCAAAACACAUUUGGACAUCUAUUGGUGGUUGUUUCAAGUUGUAAUCGUGUUAGGUUUAGCCUGUGUCGUAGUAUGGCUAAGUCUAAUUCCAAAAAUUCCCAUUUUCACAGUAACCAAUAUCAACAUACCUGCAGCCUUGGACAUCCAGAAUUCUACACUUGGUGGCACUGAAGUAGUAGUAGUCAACAACAUUUCUGUCUUCUUCAAUCUCGAAAUCUCAAAUCCUAACAGAGGCGUUGGCAUCUACUACCAUCAUAUUCAUGCAACCGUAUACUACAAUAAUUCAGUUCUUGGCAUGAAGUCUAUCCCGGCUUUCUAUCAACGCCACAAGAAGGCUCGUUUAACGGAUGUACUUGUUAAUGUUGAUCAAAAGUUGUGGAGAAAAAAUGCGAGUGGGCAUAUAGAUUUCAAGAUGGCUUUGGAGACUGCAGUGAAAUAUCGAAUAUUCAGAUGGAACACGAAGAAUCACCCGAUGGAUUUUGAAGCAUUUUUAAUUGUGUGUACCAAUGGAACAGUGGCAGGGGAGAAGCAGACAAAGCUACACCAAAAAUGA